CGCUCCUGCCGCGUUUCCCUCCCGUGCCUCAGUUUCCCUCGUGCGAGCCGCCCGGGUCGGGCCGGUCGAUGUGGGCCGGGGCCCGUGGGCAGCCUCCGCCCGCGCCUGAGCAAGGCUGCCCUCCCUCGGGGCCGUGGGGCAGAUGCAUCCCGCAGGCUGCGGGGCUCGUGCACUGCGCUGUGGGCACCGUGUGAGCGCCCCCGGCUGAGGCCCGUUUGUGCCCUGCCGAGUUUCUCUCGCCUGCCCCGUGCCUCAGUUUCCCCACGUUGCGAGUCCGUGACAGCCACGUGGGUCGCAGUGCCCCCACGAGAGAGGCGCUUUGGCUUGCAAGGAUGUGACCCGCCCUGGACUCAGAGCUGCCUCCGCGUCACGGCGACGGGCACAUCGGGACUUCGCAGGAUUCUGCUCCUCGCGUUGCCAUGGGCAGCGGUGAAGGCCAAAGGGAAGGGCUUCGUUAAGGAGGAGAUGAAAGGCCCCGAGGUGUGCAAGGACCCGGUGCUGCUCACCACACAUGCCAUGGGUGUAAAUUUCUACAAACAGGGCCCGGAGGUGGCACUGAAGGAUGACUCUGAAUAUCCAGACUGGCUUUUCCAGAUGCACAUUGGCCCGCCCAAGAAACUGGAGGACCUCGACCCUGAGACACUCGAGUACUGGAGGCACCUGCGGAAGCUCAACACCUGGCACCGCAACAAACUGAGCAAGAACAAGAGGUUUUAGGUGGGGCUUGCGUGGUGCCACCCCUGUCCCUUCUGGGCCUCUGAACCAGGGGAGGAUGCUGCACAGAGGUUCAUGGGGGGAUUUGGACCUUUCCUGUGAGCUGGGGAAACAGUCACAGCUGGGCAGAUCCCUUGAGCUGGGAUCAGCUGGCAUCUCUGCCCGGCCAGGGUCUCUUAUUUCUCCUUUAAAUACUGAUCACAAUAAAUCACUGGCCGUAACUGGA